ACGAAAACGAUGAAAGAUAUUAAUAUAUAACCUUCUUAAUGCACUUUUCCAUCUAAUCUUGGAUAAUAUACAGACCAAAAAAUGAAUAUCAAAUCUAAUAACAGAUUUUGUGUUUUUACACCCUGCCUGGGAAUUAAUUAAUCAGAGCUACAUUGGUCCAAAGUUUGUUCAAUUGAAGUGUGUUAACUCUGCAAAAGAGCUUGCUUGGGUGAGUUGAGCCAUCUUCUGAAUUAUUUUAUGUCUAAAUUUGGGCCAAGUCAAGGCUGGAAGUUCAACUAACAAUGUAGCAAUCAGUAUUCCAAACUUCCCCAACCAUAUCUCACCAGCAGAGGCCAUUGCCCAACUCCUCAAGAGAACCCUGGUGCAUUUUGCUUCCUAUAAAUACCCAAAAGCACCUGCACUCAAUUCAUACCACAACACGCGUUCUUCUUAUUCUAACUCCUGUGUGUGUCUUCUACAGCUCCUAUCAAACCACCAUGGCUGGUUCCAAGCCCCUCAUCGCCAUGUUCCUCAUUGCUGCACUGUCACUCAUGAGCAUCGAUAUGAGCUUGGGAGCUCGCCGCCUUUUGGAUACCCCAGCAGUUCCACCUCCAGCACUACCUACAAUUCCAACUCUGCCAAUGCCCAGGGGGCCACCAUUGCCGACUACCCCACUGCCUACUGCUCCAACUUUGCCAAUGCCCACAUUGCCACCGUUACCAAGCACCAACGUCCCACCUCUACCAAUGCCAACCAUGCCCUCGCUGCCCAAGGUGACUCUGCCUCCUCUGCCUUCAAUCCCAACCAUUCCAGCAAUUUCAAUCCCGACCAUUCCAAUAACCAUUCCAUUCCUCUCACCUCCCCCAUCCACCACCGCCACUAGCCCUUGAGGAGAGCUGCCGUUUAGUCAUAUAUUUCCUUAUCAUGAUAUAUAAUAUAUUAUAUACAUACAAAGGCACAUCACUGUCAGAGGCCCUAGCUCGGCAGCUGUCCCAUAUUGCCUGUUUUUUAUAUAGUUUUCUGUUUUUUAUUUUUUUGGGGCGCUAUCCACACAGAUUUAUUGCUGGGGGUGUUAUGUUUCAUUUGAAUCUUGAGUAUCAUUUUCAUGAUCUCUAGGAGUGUGUUGAUGUUUGUUCUUGUAAUAAAAAUAUAAUUCCACUUUUUUUUUCCACGUUAUGGUACUUAGUAUCAUAUCAUGAUCUCUAGGAGUGGGUUGAUGUUUGUUUUCUUGUAAUAUAAAUAUAAUUCCACUUUUUUUCCCA